GACUCACGCAUGCGUAUCAAACCCUCUGCCCCUGCCAGCGCUAAGUGACUGCUGAAAAACAAAGACAUUGAGCCGCGGCUGGGAAAUGUCAUCAGUCAUCUCUAAUGGAGGAAACAGACUUCUGACAGUCAGUGGGCUUAUUCUUUGAGGGGUGAAAUGAGAGAACUGGCCUCGAUGCUUUUUCCUGCAUGUGUGUAAUCAGGACUUCAGAUCUCGCAACAAUAAGUGAGUACGUCGGCUUUUGAGAAUCCACAGGUUCCAGAUCCUAUUCGCCUGUUUCUAGAAAGAUUUCCGCGGUGUUUCUGGAUGGGUCCGUACUCAGUGACAGCAGUUAUGCGCGAAGAAACCGUGGGAUCACUCAUGUAGUCGUCUCACAUCACGGACUUGUUUAUUUCCCCGAGUCGAGGAAAUGAUGAACUUAGUUCUUACUGUGUAAAUGAUAAUUGCGCAUUAAGUGCUAUAUGAACGCUUCGGUUAUUAGAUGAGCGCAUCAAAAUAACGAUUAAAAUCCAAGAGGAACCCUUUUUGAAUGUGUAAAUCAGAAACGCGUCUUUUCUAAGAGUUCUUGGCGUGGAUUUUCAGACACGAAGAGGAAAGUUACCUGUGCUCUUAUCGGCCGAGAAGAGGCGCUGUCCGUGGUCCUGAAGUCUUUUCAACAACUCCUCUGUCUCACACCAGACUUCGUGUGAAGACUACUUGAGAAAAAGACCAAGUUAAAGCGAUACUGUCCUCCAACAGCUCCACAAAGAGCUGAAUAUGGUAACGCAAUAUAAGCUUCAUCUGCAAUCUUUGGUACUUUUGAUUUCUCUUGUCCACCUGUGCAUGCCAGUAUGUGUCGAUGUCCAGUCAGACACAGAAGGAAUUGUGGGAAAAGCCAUGAAGUUGACCUGCAUCUCCUGCUUGAAGAGGGAGGAGGUCUCCGUAACGACAUUUGUAAAAUGGCUUUACACCCCAAGUCCAACAAAAGGCAAAAACAUUUCAUAUCUUAUAUACGAAUAUAACACUAACAAUUCCAAUGUGGAGAAUCCAUUUAAGGACCGUCUAAACUGGAACGGAAGCAAGGACUUACAAGAGGUCUCCAUUGAAAUCCGUAAUGUCACCUAUAAUGACAGUGGUUUGUAUACCUGUGAAAUUCGUCGUAAGUUUGGCUUUGAGCUAUACACUCCAAUCUUCGAAGUAAUCAAGACCAUCAACCUGACUGUGAAAGAGAAAGCCAGUGACGACACCACAGCAAUCUACUCUGAGAUCAUGAUGUAUGUGUUGCUGGUGUUCUUGACCUUGUGGCUGUUGGUAGAAAUGGUCUACUGCUACAGGAAGAUCUCCAAGUCUGAUGAGCAGGCGCAGGACACAGCGUAUUGACCAAUAACAAUGGGACAUCGGUUUCAUCAACCCUAUCUGUGUCACUAUGAAGAUAUCAUUACUCCCAGGCAGCGAUGGGAAUCCUGCCAACUGACCGCCCCUGUGUAUCCACUGUGUCUUGUGAGGAGCCAGUCAAAAAUGUCCAAGUGCUCAGUUUUUCUCCUGCCUUUCCUCUCCUCUGUUUUUUUUUAACCUUUGUGCAAGGCGUCUCUAAAAAUCAAGUGCUUUCACAGUUACAUCAGGUUAAAGAACACAAAUGUCAGUCUACUGCACUUUUUAACAGAGAAUUACCAGCCAUACUUCAUUUGGACAUAGCAGUGUGCGGACUAACUAAAGAAUUUCUUGGUAGUUAGUAGUGCCUCUGUGAUUUAUAUAACCUAUAAACAGAUAUGAUCCCAGAAAAUGUCCUAGUCUGUUAUGUACAUCUUGUAUACUGAAUAUAUAGUACUUUUUCAGUUCUCUUUUUUUUUUUAGUUUUCUUACAAUUUUAUACCAUGCUGAGAUUUUUGGGUCACAGUUUUAUUUGUAUUGGCCAAAAGUCUUUUUAAGGAAACUAAAAUGUGCAGCUUUUAUAUUGUAUGGGGCCCGCAUUUGUCUUUUUUUUUUUGCUGGAACAAAAUGAAGUGUAAUACAAAAAUGGAGUAUAAAUAUGCAGAAAAUACUGUUUCAAAUCACACACUUUUAGCUGGUCUGAACUGAUAAAUUUCCUGUACUCUCCUAUGUAAAAAUCUCAUACCCACAUUCAGCUCUGGUCUUGGAGUAUAUUCUGUAGGUCAAGUCUUGCUUCAUACAGUUAAUCUGAAAUUUAUACUCAAUGUUUUGACUGUUGCUGUUCUACAGUAGCAUUGCUAUUGAGACUAAAUGUGUGCCUCUUUCUAUAAUACAGCACUGUAGAACUUUAUAUACUUUGUGAUUCAUUCCUACCAUGCUUUUCUUGUCUGUUACACAUAUAAAAUGCCAUGUUUCAGUGAGCUGCUUUUAAAUAUCAAAUACAAUGCAUUCCACAA